AUGCAGCUCCUCGCCACCGCCCUCUCGUUCGCUGCAGGCGCCGCAGCCUACAUCAACGGAAUGAGCGCACCCGCGACGGUGCAGCGCGGCCAGGCCUUCACCGCCGAGCUCAAUUCGUCCAUUUACAUUCAGAAUUACAACGACUUUGGAGUGGUGUGGGGCCUUUCGUCGCCCAACGUGGACGCGGGCGCUUGUCCCGGCUGCGUCGGCCGCUUCAUCGGGUACACGAACCUGUUUGGAAACGCGGCCGACGUGAAGGUGCCGCCGUCGGGUACCGUCGGGGUGCAGAUCACUGUGCCGGCCGACCAGUCGCCGGGCCAGUACAAGCUCGUCGCAGGCGCUAGCUACCUCGCUUCGGGAGUGACGGGGUUCAACUAUUUUAAUGCUACGAUCCAGGUCACCGAGUAA